UGAACAUUGAGACUUUUUGACUUUGUAAACUUCUGCAGAGCUUCUUUUCUCCUCUCAAGGUCUCGUGCUCUAUUCUAUUCAAAAAGUCCUCGAUUAAUUUAUCGAUUUCCGGGAAGAGGCAAAUCUGAUUUCUAGUUUUUUUUACGAUUCUUGAAGUCGCUACUGCCAAGUUGUCUCAAUCAACGCGUUAGCCGGCUCCACAGCCCCGGGCGCAGCGUCGUAGGUUGCUUUAACGCUUUAACUGUUAACAGAUAGCACAAUACCACAGUUCAGAUAGCACCCAUUCUUUUUUUCUUUUUCCCCUGAUUUCUGUCAGUCCUCCCAGAUCUUCCUUCUUCGAAUACGAUAUCGCCAACAAAACCACCUCCCAACACUCAAUCGCAAAAAGGUUUCAAACUCGAGGCGGAUAAUAUCAGCAUCCAACAUCGCAAUCGCAAUCAUGUCGGACAAGAAGAAUGAAGACUACACCAUUCGCAUGCCCGACUCGGGGAUGCGAAGUCCUUAUGGAGGAGAGAAGGAUCCUUUCAUCCCGCCUCGCCCAUCGAGAGCCGCAUCUCACCAUAACCUCUCUGGUCAGAUGUCCAAGAUCGAGAACAGCCCGUCCACGUCUAUUAUGGCAUACUGCCUUUCUUCCAUCAGUAUGACGGUCGUGAACAAAUACGUCGUUUCCGGUUCCGAAUGGAAUUUGAACUUCUUCUACCUUGCAGUUCAGUCAAUCGUUUGUAUAGUGACGAUCGAGGCCUGCAAGCAAUUGGGCUUAAUCAAGAACCUCGCACCCUUCGAUAUAAACAAGGGAAAGCGAUGGUUCCCCAUCUCUCUUCUCCUAGUCGGCAUGAUCUACACGAGCACGAAGUCGCUACAAUUCUUAUCGGUUCCUGUGUACACAAUCUUCAAGAACUUGACCAUCAUCGUCAUCGCAUAUGGCGAGGUUCUAUGGUUCGGUGGAAGCGUUACACCGUUGGCGCUACUCUCCUUUGGUCUUAUGGUUCUUAGCUCCGUCGUCGCAGCUUGGGCAGACACCCGCAGCGCUGCUCAAACCGCCGAGGCUGCCGCCGCCCUCGCUACCUUGAACGCCGGUUAUGCCUGGAUGGGACUGAACGUUUUCUGCACUGCUUCAUACGUUCUUGGUAUGCGUAAGGUCAUCAAGAACAUGAACUUUAAGGACUGGGAUACCAUGUUCUACAACAACUUCCUCACCAUUCCUGUCCUAAUCAUCUGCUCCCUUGUCGCCGAAGACUGGUCUAGCGCAAACCUCAGCAAGAACUUCCCGCCGGAGUCCCGGAAUGCCCUUUUCAUCGGCAUGAUUUACUCCGGCAUGGCUGCUAUCUUUAUCUCAUACUGCUCUGCGUGGUGCAUUCGAGUUACAUCUUCUACCACCUACUCUAUGGUCGGUGCUCUCAACAAGCUUCCGAUUGCCGUCAGUGGUCUUAUCUUCUUCUCUGCGCCCGUUACCGUCGGUAGUGUCUCUGCUAUCUUCAUCGGCUUCGUCAGUGGUAUCGUAUACGCUUGGGCGAAGGUGCGCCAGUCGCAGGUGGCCAAGAACUCGCUGCCAACUACGCAGCCUACUAUGAGCGCAAGCUCUCAGAGCAACCGCGAUGCCGCCAACUCGUAAACAAGGAGAAUAUAUCAUCCUUAUGAGCUAUGUGGCUGUGCUUCCAGUAGCAAAAGCCGUGGCCAAUUUGAGCCAAUGCAAUUCUAAACGGGCAGCAUACACUGCGAGACGGUCAAGCGCCU